AUGUGUCAGCCGAUCCAUAAGUGCGUCAGUAACCGUGACUCCCCCCCCCCCGCCAAUUUCAAACGGGCCACAUUGAUCUUACUCAUUUUUUCGAUGUUUACAUUCAAAUUCUGCAAUUUUUAAGCACACUUUGGUUGUUUCAGAGUUCGAGGAGAACCACAACCGUCGUCGCGCUGAUUCCAAUGUCUCCAACACGUCCAGCCGCCGCAGCUCGUCAAACAACAGUACUCUGUUGCUCCACGAUCAGAACACGUACAACUACGGAGUGGUGCCCACCAGCCAUCCCAGCCAACACAUGCCUUCCAUCAUCUGGACCCUCUUCCUCAUGUUCAAGUUUGACGUUAUCACUGCGAUGUUUGUCAAGCUGCUCUCGGAUAUCCUUCUCUUCUGCAACCCGAUGCUGCUGAAAUUGCUUCUUGAGUUCACGGAACAAUUGGAAAGACCGAUGUGGCAAGGAGUCGUGCUCGCGUUCACCAUGUUCGGAUCGGCUGAGCUUUCGUCCAUCCUGAUCUCCCACUUCCUCUGCCUGAUGUAUCGAGUCGGAACUCGUUUGUAGACGUGUCUCACAUCCGCUGUUUAUCCCAAGGUUCCCUCUCUUCCACUCGGCGAAUAUAAAUGUGACCUCUAUUUUCCAGACGCUCCGUUUGUCGAACGCCGCUCGUCGCGAGAAGACUGUCGGCGAGAUUGUCAACCUUAUGGCCAUAGACAUUGACCGCUUCCAACAGAUCACCCCUCAAACAAUGCAGCACUGGUCAAACCCAUUCCAAUUCGGAUUUGUUUUGUUCCUGCUCUUCCAGCAACUGGUAGUCUCAGUCUUCAGUGGAGUUGCCGUGAUGGUGCUUUUGUUCCCGAUCAACUUUGUGAUCACGAUGAUCAUUCGCAAGUGGCAGAUCUCGCAGAUGUACUACAAGGAUGAAAGGACAAAGAUGAUGAACUAG